GCCCCGCGGCGCGCUGGCGGACAGUCCGCGCGAGGGCCGGGCCGGGCCGGCGCCCCUCAGCCUCGCGUCCCUCGCGUCGUCCCGGACUCCGGGGGAUGCCCCCGGCCGGGCUGCCCUCAUGGCCGCCGACGUCUUCACGUGCUCCCCUCGUCGGCCCCGCAGCCGGGUCCGCUCUGUGCUGCUUAAGCCUCAGGUGCCCGAGGACGACGACGACUCGGACACGGAUGAACCGUCUCCACCGCCCACCUCCGGCUCGGCCACCUCGGCCCGGGCCCACGCGAAUGCUACGGUGUUGCCGUCCCGGGCCGGGCCGGGCCGCGAGGAGCCUCCGCGCCGCCAGCAGAUAAUCCACAGUGGCCACUUCAUGGUGUCGUCGCCGCACCGAGAGCACCCGCCCAAGAAGGGCUACGAUUUCGACACGGUCAACAAGCAGACGUGCCAGACCUACAGCUUCGGCAAGACCAGCUCCUGCCACCUGUCCAUCGACGCCUCGCUCACCAAGCUCUUCGAGUGCAUGACCCUGGCCUACAGUGGGAAGUUGGUGUCUCCAAAGUGGAAGAAUUUCAAAGGCCUGAAGCUUCAGUGGAGAGACAAGAUCCGGCUCAAUAACGCCAUCUGGCGGGCGUGGUACAUGCAGUAUUUGGAGAAGCGCAAGAAUCCCGUGUGCCACUUUGUCACCCCACUAGAUGGCUCUGUCGAUGUAGAUGAGCACCGCCGGCCAGAGGCCAUCACCACAGAGGGGAAGUACUGGAAAAGCCGCAUUGAAAUCGUGAUCCGGGAGUAUCACAAGUGGAGAACCUACUUCAAGAAAAGGUUACAGCAGCACAAGGAUGAGGACCUCUCUAGUCUGGCUCAGGAUGAUGACAUGCUUUACUGGCACAAACAUGGUGAUGGUUGGAAGACCCCAGUCCCCAUGGAGGAGGAGCCACUUCUGGACACAGACAUGCUCAUGUCAGAAUUCAGCGACACCCUCUUUUCCACUCUUUCUUCACAUCAGCCAGUGGCCUGGCCCAACCCACGGGAGAUAGCACAUCUGGGAAAUGCAGACAUGAUCCAGCCAGGGCUGAUUCCAUUACAGCCCAACCUGGACUUCAUGGACACCUUUGAACCUUUUCAGGACCUCUUCUCUUCCAGCCGCUCCAUUUUUGGCUCUGUGCUGCCAGCACCUGCCUCAGCAUCUGCACCAGAUCCCAGCAACCCACCUGCUCAGGGGAGUAUCCUGUCAACUACUGCUCUGCCCACUGUGAGCCUCCCUGACAGCCUCAUGGCACCCUCUUCAGCCCCUUCCCUGGACCCCACAGAUGGGCAGGGCUGUGAACGUGCUUCCCAUACUGGAGACCCCUUUAUUCAACCUACCGACUUUGGUCCCUCUGAGUCAUCACUGAGCGUCCCACAGCCCUUCCUCCCUGUCAUCACCAUGCCCUUACUCUCUCCCAGCCCUGCCCCAGCACCAAUUCCAUCUGCAUUACCCUUAGUUUCUCCUCCUGCCACUGCCCCAAACCCCUCAAGUCCACCUGCCUUCCUGCAACCACAGAAGUUCUCUGGAGUGAGCAAAUCGCCCCCUGUCAUCACCCACACGGCUUCUGCCACCCUUACUCAUGACGCCUCUGCCACCACCUUCAGCCAGAGCCAGGGUCUUGUGAUCACAGCCCACCAGCCCACCUCCUCAGCAUCCCCCUGUAGCCUGGCACUGUCACCUGUACCCCGGCUACCCACUGUUAGGUCUCCCCAUCCUCGUUUAGCUUUUGUGCACCCCAAACCUGUGUCCUUAACUGGAGGGCGUCCCAAGCAGCCCCCUAAAAUAGUGCCUGCUCCCAAACCAGAGCCUGUGUCCUUGGUGUUGAAGAAUGCUUGCCUUGCCCCAGCUGCCUUUUCAGGCCAGCCACAAACAGUGAUCAUGACAUCAGGCCCUCUGAAGAGAGAGAGAAUGCUGGCAUCUACUGUGUCCCAAUCCAGUGUGGUCAUCGCACCUGCUGCCAUUGCCAGGGCUUCUGGAGUCACAGAGUUCCACAGCAGCAUCCUGGUGACAGACCUCAGCCACAGCACUAGCAGUCAGCCCACCCCUGUCUCCCGGCUCUUCUCUCCAAGCACAGUACAAGAUUCCCUGGUAAAGGAUGAGCAGGUCGCGCUACAUGGAGGCAGUCCCCAGGUCCCUGCCACAGGGUCCAGACAUCUGGGAAAUGCAGACAUGGUUCAGCCAGGGCUGAUUCCAUUACAGCCCAACCUGGACUUCAUGGACACCUUUGAACCUUUCCAGGACCUCUUCUCUUCCAGCCGCUCCAUUUUUGGCUCUGUGCUGCCAGCACCUGCCUCAGCAUCUGCACCAGAUCCCAGCAACCCACCUGCUCAGGGUCCUGGUGUCACAGAGUUCCACAGCAGCAUCCUGGUGACAGACCUCAGUCACAGCACUAGCAGCCAGCCCACCCCUGUCUCCCGGCUCUUCUCUCCAAGCACAGUACAAGAUUCCCUGGUGAAGGGUGAGCAGGUCCCGCUACAUGGAGGCAGUCCCCAGGUCCCUCCCGCAGGGUCCAGUCGAGACUGCCCAAACUCAGGGCAGGCCUCUCCAUGUGCAUCAGAACAAAGCCCCAAUCCUCAGUCUCCCCAGAACAACUGCUCAGGGAAAUCUGUAGACCCCAAAAAUGUGUCUGCGUUAAAGAACCGGCAGAUGAAGCACAUCUCAGCAGAACAGAAAAGGCGCUUCAACAUCAAGAUGGGCUUUGACACCCUGAAUAGCUUGAUCUCCAAUAAUUCCAAGCCAACCAGCCACGCCAUCACACUGCAGAAGACCAUGGAGUACAUCACCAAGCUGCAGCAGGAGCGGAGCCAGAUGCAAGAGGAGGCCCGUCGACUUCGGGAUGAGAUUGAGGACCUCAAUGCCACUAUCCUCUCCUGCCAGCAGCUGCUCCCCGCUACGGGAGUCCCUGUCACCCGGCUCCAGUCUGAUCACAUGAGAGACAUGUUUGAUGAAUAUGUGAAAAGCCGGACCCUGCAGAAUUGGAAGUUCUGGAUUUUCAGCAUUAUCAUCAAGCCGCUGUUUGAGUCCUUCAAGGGAAUGGUGUCCACCAGCAGCCUGGAGGAGCUGCAUAGGACAGCAAUGUCCUGGCUGGACCAACACUGCUCUCUGCCCAUCCUCAGACCAAUGGUGCUGAGCACCCUCCGGCAGCUGAGUACCACCACCUCCAUCCUGACAGACCCAUCCAAGCUGCCAGAGCAGGCAUCAGAGGCUGUCACCAGGAUUGGCAAGAGAUCUGAGGAUUCCUAAGCUUAGCUGGCAUGUAACCACAUGAUAUGUCUGGAGACCCCUCCCUGCCUUUCCUGAGGCACAGUCUUGGGCCGCCCUCCACUCUGCAGGCCCCUGCGCCUAUCAGGAUUCCACGCUCAGGUCUGAAGCAGGUUUUGGGCCUGCCCACAGCAAUAGCCCAUCUUGGGAACCCCUUGCUGUGACCUCUCACUCAGUGACCUCAAUCACCAGACAAAGGGAAACAUCGACUGUUCUGGUCCUAUACUGCCACCAGCCCCAGGCCGCGAGUGGAGCAUAUGGGAUAAUACACCUGCUUCUGCAGGUGGGAACAUCCAGGGUCCCUCUGAUGAGUUCAUCUUGAGACUUAAAGACUUGUCCCCAUCACAUGCUUGUCCACUUGUACUCCUUUGGUGACUACUGCACACUCUCUGGCCUGCUGAGGGGCAGGUAGAGGCCUCUUCUUCCUGUGACCUUGACCACACUUGGCCCUUGUGGAUGGAUCUGGGUACCAUUCUGGUUUUCGCAUGGAGGGCUGCCUUCUUCCCCCUGCAUGGUCUGCAGGGGUGUGCCUUCUCCAUAGUCCCUGGAGCACAAGUGCAAAACAGCGGGUAUGGAGGCCCAUGGGGCAGAGUGGAUAUACAAACAAUGCAUAGCUGUUCUUGUGACUUGGAAACCCUCUGGCAUGUUUUAGUCCUACCUGGCAUUGCAGGUGCCACAGCAUUCCAGGGCCUCCUCAGUGUCUCCUUACAGGUCCUUCUGCUCGUUCUCCACCCACCAUCACGCUGCAACUGUGGAAGAGGCAGACACACUCCAUGGACAGUCUCACCCUUGGUUCCAGAAUCUGGAGGGUCACACUCCACACUGCUGCUGUUAGCCCAGUCAUCUUGUCUGAUGUCAUUCAGUUUAGGAGCUCCAAACCAGGGCAGUUCUCUGACCAAAGAUGUCACCAUGCUCAUUCUGUCCCUUCUUGUGAUUGGAGGAAAAAACUGAAGGCUGACUGGCAGGAAGCUGAGGGGUCAACCCUCAGAGUGUCUCCAGUCAUCUCCAGGACAGACAGAGAGGGUCUGCACUCAGAUUUAGUCCAGUGAAAGCAUGACUAGAAGGCAGCAGACCUCCAAAGGUGACACAGUUGGAAGGGACUGAGAAGGGAUGGAGGGAAGCCCACUUGGUCUUUACCCUUCUUUCUGCUGCCUCUGUGAGUAGCCACAGGUGGCAGGGCACUCUCCAGCACUCAGGGAGCCCAGCCAAGGGCAUCUCCUCCUGGAAAGAAUGUGCUUUUCUGUCCUGCUGUGAUGUCAGAGCAGCCAGCAGGCCUUCUGUUAGACCCUGCCUACCUGCCUCACCUCACCUCACCUCACCUCACCUUUUUGCUCACCUGCCUGCAGUGUCUCCUGUAGUUCUGAUCCAUUUGGGAGCUCCCACUGGUUACUGGAGCCAGGGAACUGGGGCUCGGGCAGAAAGCUCAUCUCUGCCUUAAUAGAUGGAAGACAGAGAAAGUGGGGGACACUGACCAUGCCACCAUCUCUGCUGUGGGCCCCUGAACAGCGCCUGCUCCCUUGUCUGCCUCUACCAUAUAUAAGAACAGCUUGGUGGCACCCCUCAGCCACCCCCAAAAACAUGUUUACAGGUUGAGGGGUGAACAUAAGGCAUGUGGACUGGUACUGGUAGUUUCUACUGGGAAAUGUAACAGGAUAUUCCUUACCCCCAGGACAAACAUGAAGUCUCCCUUCAGAAGGUGAAGGCCACUGUGGUAAGAGUUCCACAAGGGUCAGAAGGAAAAGGAAAAACCAAAUGCUGCUGUGAGGGCCUUGUGGAGACCCCAGCCCAGCCCCUUCCCACUCCUGUGCCUUGUAACACACAGGUGACGCUGUGGCCGGCCAGGACUCCUUAUCAGUAGCUUUCUCCCCUCUUUGCCUGGGAGUAACUUUUUUAAAAAACAAAACAAAACUCCAUGGGAUUUAAAAUUGGUCUCUUGCUUCUUUGGCCUACCUCGCCCUCUUGCUGAAUUAAUUUCACUUUUUUUUCUUUUCUUUUCUUUUUUUCCUCAGCUAUUUAAGGUUGUUAGGUUGUGUGAGACUGGAAGAGGUAGGUGUGUGUGUCCGUGUUGUGGCUGACUUUACUAGAUGUGUGUUUUUGUUUCUGAGACUGACUUCAGUUCAUUUUUCUUGGUGCUCACGAUUGCCAUGGCUGUAAGGCCACAAUGCUGUAUCUGCUCCAGGCAUGAUUAUUUCUUGCCCUGAUAGUUUUCUUGUUUUGAAAUCUUGCCUGAUGAAUCUGGUCAGACAGAGUGGCCUGGCCUUGACCUCUGUCCUAUAAUCAUAGGCCAGCAUUUGGGAGUGCUACGGCCACUCUGUCACCAGACCCUGAGGCUGGGGUUUGUUUACAUUCAACUGUACCCCCAUCUUGUCUCCACUCCCAUUCAAGAAACUUUAAAAUGCUGACACUUUGGAGAGUAAGAAAAUCAGUCUGAGAAGAUAAAACCAAAAGGCCAGCUGCGUGUAUAUCUCUAAGUGUUUCUGUGAAAUCUGCCCGAGCCAUCAGGGCUCUGCAUGUUGCUCGUUCUCUCACUAUGAGUGAGACAUGAGCAAGAUGGCUGUGGCCCAGGGGCUUUCUGAAUUGACUGCAGGUUACACACAGGCUGACCAUGGCAUGAGGGAAGUGGUGCAGCCUCAGGAGUUAGUGUUGACGACAUACUGGGCCUUGUGGAGGAGGCUGGAGAGCAGUGGAGCCAGGCAUUGCCUGUGGCCACUCACAGGGCAGGGGCCAGUGGUCAGUCAGAACACAUGCUCUUGGGACCCGACCUGCCCUUCUGUGAAACUUAGUCCUGGAGGUUUCUGUGCUCUAGCAAGAGUGAUGUCCACUUGGAUUCUUUGAGAACAUGGCACCCAGGCCCCCGACAACGCAAGCUCCCUCACCUCCCUGCUGCCCGGCCCGAAUAGUGAACAAAUGCAGUGGUAGGUGGCACCAGGCCUGCCUGUGACCAGCACCCUACCUAAGGGUAUAUGGGGUGCUAGGGGACCUGGCCUCCCACUGGCUUACCUGGCUUCGCUCAAGGCUCAGGUCCUUUUCCCCCCUGGCUCCAACCUGGGCAGGCUUGGAGCAUCCCCUCUUGUCACCCCUAACCCCUCUCAAAAGUUCCUUUCCCUUGGAGCUCACCUGGCUCAACUUUCUCUGUCCCUCUACAUGGGACCUCUCCCUCUUUGGAAAGAAAUAUUUGGGGGAGCUGUCAUAUGGGCAGCCGCCAAGGACACCUGUGCAGCAGAGGGAUGUGAUUUUGGGCUCAGUCCCUAUGAGGACUUUUACCACACCUGGACAGUUGUGGGUUUUGGGUUUUUUUUUUUUUUCCCUAUACUG